AUGCAGUUCCUUUACUUUUUUCCCCAGGUGAGCCGGACGUAUUGCUCCGGAACGUACCGAGCCGGACCCAUGAGGCAGAUCAGCCUGGUCGGCGCCGUGGACGAAGAAGUCGGAGAUUAUUUCCCAGAGUUCUUGGACAUGCUGGAGGAGUCGCCGUUUCUCAAGAUGACCCUGCCUUGGGGAACCCUCUCCAGUCUGAAGCUGGACUGUCGCUCUCAGAGUGACGACGGACCCAUCAUGUGGGUCCGACCGGGAGAGCAAAUGGUUCCAACGGCUGAUAUGCCCAAGUCUCCAUUUAAGCGUCGCAGAUCUAUGAAUGAAAUAAAAAACCUGCACUACCUACCGAGGGCCAGUGAACCCAGAGAGGUUCUGUUCGAAGACCGGACUAAGGCCCAUGCUGAUCAUGUAGGUCAGAGUUUUGACUGGCAGAGCACAGCUGCUGUGGGGGUCCUGAAGGCUGUGCACUUUGGAGAAGGGGAUAACCGCCCUCGGAUUACCAAGGAUGUGGUGUGUUUUGAUGCUGGGGACUUUAACGAGGUUGUCCAGAGGCUGCAGCUGGAUCUUUAUGAGCCCCCAGUUUCUCAGUGUGUCCAGUGGGUGGAUGACGCCAAGCUGAAUCAGCUGAGGAGGGAAGGCAUCCGCUACAUCCGCGCGCAGCUCUGCGACGACGACAUUUACUUCAUCCCCAGGAACGUCAUCCACCAGUUCAAGACGGUGUCAGCCGUCUGCAGCCUGGCCUGGCACAUCCGCCUCAAACAGUACCACUCGGCCGAAGACACGGAUGCCACGGAGGAGCAGCAGCAGCCCAAAGAUCUCAGCCCCACAUCGGGCCGAGUCUCCUUCUCCUCCCCUGCCAGACCGGACUCCACCCUCACCCCGUGCUCACGGCGCCAGCCGGACAGCAUCCACGGCGGGGUGGCCAAAACCGAGGAGCCCGAGUUCCAGAGGCCGGCCACGCCGUCGAAGGAGCCUCAGCCGGCCCCCCCUCAGCCCACCAAAUCCACUCACCUCCCCCACCUUUACCCCGCCUCGGUCCACUCUGGCUGCACGCCCUCGAAGGAGCCCUCGCUGCCAAAGGCUAACGGCCACACCACGGAGAUCCCCAAAUGAUCCCAGUCUGUCCUUCUUCCUUCCAGCUAUAGCAGGAAGUAUUUAAAAUUUUAGACUAAAUUUGACAUCUGAGUCAAUCAGGAAGCUUUUAAAUUAUUAUUCUUUUUUAUCUCACAAUAAUGGUGUGUUUUUGUCUUCUUUUUUUUUAACCUACUGUAAUGUCAUUGUUUAAUGGGACAGAAUAAUAUAUAUAUUUAGUUAUCGGAUGUAAAGAAUCUUAUUAUUUUUAAACUGAUAUUGUAAAUCGUCACACAUGAUGUGUGGAAGAAGCUUUUUUUUUUUUAUUUCACGGUGAAGUUGUUUCUCGGAAACCAAUUCACCCAUUAACCUGGAUGUGUUCUUUAUCAUUAACAGACGUUCUUCAGCUGCAUGAACCUGCCAUGUUAUCAUGUUUGACCUCUGAAUCUUAUGACGAUCACUUUAAGCCCGGGAUUAUGUAUUUUUAUUCGAUUGAUUUGGAGACAUGGGCAGCUGUGUGCAGUGAGCUCAGCGCAGCGGGGGCAGGGUGUUAAUUUGGCUUGGUUGGGGUCACUUUAUGUCAAAGUGAGAUUGAAAAUCCCCCAGAAACUGGAUGUCAAUUCUUCAGAGAAUCCAGUAAUGCUUAAAGCACUCUCCUCCCUCCAUGUGCAAAACUUCAGUGGUGUGACUGUUGUAACUUAUUAUCAGGGUGGCAGCAUAUCUGGGAACUGGCAGCCUGAUGGCAACAGUAGUAGCAUAUCCAUGGUGUGAGACACAAAUUCACAUCAUGGCCCUCGCUGGUGUGCUUGGUCACUGAACCAAGAAUUUGUAGCAGGACUGACCACAAGCCAGCCCAACCCUGGCCACACAGAGCAGGCAUUACACAAAUAAAUUAACGUCUUACAACACCAUCAACACCACAGCAGAUAUGUGCUUGGCAUUCUGACGCCACUCUGGCUUCAACAAAAGAAAAAAGGAUCUCACCAUGUUCUUCACACUAAGACAUAUAAACAUGUGAUGACUAGUCUGUAUCCAUGUAAAGAUUAGUAUGAGAAAAGCUGCUAAGAAAUGUCCACACCUCCAAAUUGCACGUUAACUUGUUGCUGAGCGCCUGUGGGAAGAUUAAGGUUUUCUGUUGUCUGCAAUUCAAUAUGUUUGGGAAAAUUGUUUUGAGAGAAGAGGAAGCACGAACAAUGUCUCAUCAGGUUCAUGAAUUAAUUUCUUUGUUGCGACUAAAAAAGGAGGAAGUGUUUACCCAGGUAUGAUCCUCCACAGCAGCGCUGUACAUGGCAGAGGACGUGCAGGAUUCUCAAGUUUAAAAUGAAGUUCCACAUUUUCUCAUUUGAUUCUUGUGGGUGAGUAUCCAGUCUGCCUUUAAACUGAAAUGACUUUUUCUGAGAUCCCGAAGGCCGUCUGAAGCCGCUUUGAAGUGGACUAAUUUCCCCCUUUAAAAGCAUCAUGCAAUUAUGUUAGUAAACUUAAAGCACUUAAAUCUUUUUUGCCAGCUAUGAGUUUGUAUUUAUAAAGUCAUAAUUCAAACUUUGUUUUAUAUGUGAACUUGUUUGAUUGUUUGUACCUUUUUUUUUUAUAUAUUUAUUUUCUGCAGAUUCUGCUUUCUGAUCCGGUAUCUCGAGCAUCUUUUAAUCACAAAGGAACUGCAAAAGUUGCACUUGGCAAUAAUAGUGAGUCGUUUUUCAUGUUUAGAAUGAAAAUGGAGCGUAAUAUGUCGUUGUGAUAGCUGAGAUCAUGUGACUGUUGUGAUGGUUUUAUUGUUUUGUUUUUUUCAUCAAAAUCCUUCGUAAGGUGAUGACUUUAGGUAGUUUUAGAAAGAAUGUAUAGGAUGAAGGCUAGAAAUGAUGUUCCAAAGCGUCCAGACGUUGGAUGGAGAUUGAGGCCUUCAGUUUCUUGUUUUCAGAAUGAAGUUUAGAAGGAAGGAAGUGACGUUGUGCUACCUAGUGCCUUUUGCAUGAUUAGACUAACUUAACACUGAAGGCUUCUAUUUUUUUGAUGACUGAAAUGGGAAAUAAGUACCUGGUAGCAAAUACUUUACACGUAAUAGUUUGGCUUUCCUAAAUCACAGAAUAGAUUUUUUGCUAUGUUAUUAUGCCUUCCAUAUUUGACUUCUUGUAGCUCUUCUUUCUUGAAGAUUUUUAGAUUUUGUUUCUUUUCCCUAACUUGUUGGCAUCAUAAAUCACAGACAGAAAGAUACAGGAAGCAUACAUUGUUCACCAUUGUAAAAUAAUUCAAUAAUUUGAAUGCAAAGACAUAUUUUUUAAUAAAUAAAUGUUCAGUUGCAGCAUAUCCAUAUGCAUGACAUUCAAUAUUUAUCAGGAUAUCCGUUUCAUCACAUCGCUUUUAAAUACCACGGCAAAGAAGCAGUGAACGAUGCGAAGUCCGCUCUGGUUGAAAGACAAAGUGUCGCGCUCGUGAGGAUUCGUUAUACCCGUUUUCUUGUUUCACGCUGAAAGCAUACAUGCGAUCACAAUCAUCACACACAUGCACAUUUAAAUUUAGUCCUAACCCACAACACAACAGCUUCGCCUUGAGCACAAAAUAAAACAGAAACUCACUCCAAGCGGUUUCUCAUAUUCGAAUAUUUAAAGUCCCACUUGCGUCGAUGUUGCUUUUCGUUUUAUAGAAGGCACUGUUCAGCAGUUAAAUAUUUGCUUUACUUUAUAAAUUGCACAAAGACUGGGCCCUUCCUGCGUGUUUCCUGAUGGGAGGUGCAGCUGCACAGAAACUCCUGUUUCAGCUUUUCUUUGCUCUUCUUCUGCUGUGUCGGAUGUUUUCUUGACAAAUUUGUAAUAAACCUGCUUCUGUCCCAAAGUCA